GAGCUCAAAGGUGCCAUCUUUAUAAAAAUUUCAGACGACGGAGCUCCAAAAGUCACCGGAAAGUUUCUAUUCCAACACGGAACGAAAAGGACAAUAUACAUGAUGGGUAGAAGAAGUUGUGAUACUGGGCUCGACCCAUGAUCCAAAACUAGGGAAUAUAAAAGAAAAAAAAAAAAGAAAAUAUAUAUACACACACAUCAAAUUUCCUUUUUCUUUUCCUUCUCUUUUUUCUUUAUCGAAUUCUUGACGCGCAGAGAAAUAAGACAGCGCAAAUAUAUUUUCGACUGAUUUAUAGCGAGGUACUCGUAAGUUGCUACUCAGAUACUAUGAGAUAAAAAGGAAAUGUCAGGAUUUAGUAAACAUUCAGGACCAACAGGACCGCGAGCAUCACAACUGCCGCGUUUUGGAAAUUUUACUUCUCCUCCUCUUCCUCCUCCUCAAUCACCGCCUUUUCCCCAUUCUGCCCCUACGAGAUCUCCUAGGGGUCCUCUAGCUGCAGAGAGAGUGCGAUCACAGCCUUUGGUUUAUGAUUCCUUGAUUUAUGAAAGCUCUGAUCUUUCUGCUUCUAGUACUUACCAAUCUACUGGGAUCCCAAGGAGACCUGAAACUGUACAAAGAGUGCGCACACCUUCUUUGUCCAUUGAAAGAACCCAUCUUGGAGCGAGUUCUCCUUACUUAAAUGAUGAUCGGCCUGCUGUUUCAUCUCCUCAAUGGGUUAAUGGACAAAGAUCUUUUUUUAAAGAUGAUGACCAAACAAAUCAAAGGCCUUCUGCUGUCACUUCAUUUGUUGCUUCACGUAAUUCUGGAAUAAGUGUUACUGCCAAAAUUUCCAGAUUUCAAGAUUUGAAAAGGACCAGAUCACCUCCUUCGCAUGCUUGGGAUGAAGACCUUUCUAGAAAUUCCAGUCGAACCUUUCUUGGAAUCCAUUCAGAUGACAAUAGUAAUCACUUAGAUUCUGCAAGAACAAGAUCAUCUCCUGUGUUUUUUCAAAAUGACAACUCUAUCGAGCAAUUUCAACCUCCUCCUGGUGAAGGCUAUCUGCCGGCUUUAUCUCAAUCUGCAUGGGAUAAUCAACACAAGUUUCCAAAUAAUAAUCCCAAAUUGUUGGCUCCUCAAGAUCAAUCCUCAGCCUUACCAAAUACAGGCUCUUAUAUAUCUGCAAGGAAUUCUCAGAAUGAGGUUGCUGAUGUCAAUGCACCAAAGCAAACUGGGCCACUACCUAUAUCACCUGCAAAUGAAGUUCUCCAGAAGAAUACUCAUUUUCUCCAGAACGAUUCUAGAAGGCCCUCUACAUCUCCUCCUAGGUUGGGUCCUAGGUCAAAUGCUCGCUUCAGUAAAUAUGAUUAUCAAAUUCCUCAGAGAACCUUUUCCUCUGACAAUGAUACUGUCGUUGAAGCUGCUCAAACGAGGACCACCAACUAUUCUGCUGCAAAAAGAACAAGGUCACCUCCUUUGCCUGCUGCUGAUAAAAUCCUUAAUGGGAACUCAUAUUCCACUCAAGAUGGUACUGAACGAGAGGUUCAAGCCAAGGCAAAGCGGUUAGCUCGGUUUAAGAAGGAACUGAAUGAAAGCUUUGAAACCAGAGCAGAUAUUCCUGGGCAAAAGGCUUCUGCAAGUAGACGUGAGCUGUCUACUGUGGAAAGGCAAAAAUUUGCUGGAAGUCACUCCAUGGAAUCAACAGGGGAUUUCACCAAUGUCAAUCUUCCAGCUGAUUUUGAUGGCUUGGAAACAUCCAGUAUCAUUAUCGGGUUGUGCCCAGAUAUGUGCCCAGUGUCAGAAAGGGAAGAACGAGAAAGGAAAGGGGAUCUUGACCAGUAUGAACGCUUGGAUGGGGAUAGGAAUCAGACAACCAAAUUUCUUGCUGUCAAAAAGUACAAUAGGACGGGAGAGAGGGAAGCAGAUCUUAUACGCCCUAUGCCAGUUCUGCAGAAGACUAUUGAUUAUCUGCUCGAUUUGCUAGAUCAGCCUUAUGAUGAUAGAUUUCUAGGCAUUUAUAAUUUCUUGUGGGAUAGGAUGAGAGCAAUCCGAAUGGACCUCAGGAUGCAACACAUAUUUAACCGGGAAGCUAUAACCAUGUUAGAGCAAAUGAUAAGGCUUCACAUAAUUGCUAUGCACGAGUUGUGUGAAUACACAAAAGGAGAGGGUUUCUCCGAGGGAUUUGAUGCUCACCUUAAUAUCGAACAGAUGAAUAAAACUUCAGUUGAUUUGUUUCAAAUGUAUGAUGAUCACAGAAAGAAAGGAAUUAAUGUUCCAACUGAAAAAGAAUUCCGUGGUUAUUAUGCACUUCUGAAACUAGAUAAGCAUCCUGGAUAUAAAGUUGAACCUGCAGAACUCUCUCUGGAUCUUGCAAAGAUGACUUCAGAAAUAAGGCAAACCCCAGAAGUGCUUUUUGCCCGUGAUGUAGCAAGGGCUUGUAGAACAGGUAAUUUUAUUGCCUUCUUUCGGCUUGCAAGAAAAGCAAGUUACCUUCAAGCAUGCUUAAUGCAUGCUCACUUUGCAAAGUUACGAACUCAGGCACUUGCUUCAUUACACUCUGGUCUGCCAAAUAGUCAAGGUAUCCCUGUACUUCAUGUUGCAAAGUGGCUAGCAAUGGAGGAAGAAGACAUUGAAAGCCUGUUAGAAUAUCAUGGGUUUUCAAUAAAGGAAUUUGAAGAGCCAUACAUGGUAAAGGAAGGCCCGUUUGCCAAUAGUGACCAGGACUACCCUACCAAGCUUUCAAAGUUAGUUCAUCUGAAAAGGUGUAGAAAGAUAGCUGAUGAUGUCUCACCUACUUCUGAAGUAGCACCCUUGCCUGCUCAAGCAUCUAAAGAGAUUCAGCUGCCAAAGAUCUACAAACUUGACAAGAAUACUGUUCCUUCUACUUCUAUUAAUAGGAAGAGUUCUGCCAGUGAAAGUGAUGAAGAAAUGCCUGAUUUUUCAGUUGCUUCAUCUCCAAAAUUUUUGCCACAAUUGGAGUCAAUAAUUGAAAGGUCAAAAAUUGAUCAACAAAGCCAAGAUCACCAGCAGGUCGAGGGUGCCGCUUAUAUAUCUCCCUUGGUUCACACACCUCUUUUAUUUCAGCCAGCUAAACUUAAUGAUGUACAGAAAUUAAAUGAUGUUAUCCUUGGUGUCUCUGCUGUGAAGAAGAUGCUACCUGGCCUGGAAGGUAUGGCACCACAAGUUGUCUCAAGAACAGCUGCUUUGCUAGAGAAAUCCCCAAGUGCUAAAUAUAGUCAUGCUGUGGAGAGUAAAAUACCUCACAUUGUGGUUUUUAAUGACUCAAGAGUUGAAGAACCUCCUGAUCUCAAUCAAGAAAAAGAAAAUGAUGUAGUUAUGGAAAAUCUUGAAGAUGAAGAAAUUGCUCAGGCAAAGCUCAAGUUGAUUAUAAGAAUCUGGAAACGGCGUGCUUCAAAACAAAGGGAGUUGCGUGAGCAAAGGCAGAUAGUAGCAAAUGCUGCACUAAGUUCUCUGUCAUUGGGACCGCCAAUCCGACAAGCCAAAGAUCAACUGAGCACUAUUAACGAGUUUGAUGUUGAGCAUGUUAUGAGGGAGAGAAAUGAAAGAUAUGAGCAAUCAUGGUCGAGGCUGAAUGUUUCAGAUGUCACUGCGGAUAUACUUGGCAAAAGAAAUCCUGGUGUUAGAUGCCUGUGCUGGAAGAUUGUCUUGCUUUCUCAGAUGAAUAACCAAGGAGACAAACUGAGUCAGGGAAGCCAGGUUAUGCAUGUGUCAGUGGGCCCAUGGUUGCUUUCAAAGCUCAUGCCUUCUAGAAAAGAUGAUGAUGAUGAUCUGCUAAUUUCAUCUUCUGGCCUGUCUAUAUGGAAGAAAUGGGUGCCCAGCCAAUCAGAUGAUGACCUGACCUGUUGCUUAUCAGUUGUUAGAGAUGUUAGCUAUGAUUUGGAUGAAACAAUAGAAGGUGCCAGUGCAAUUGUGUUCCUUGUAUCUGAAAGCAUCCCAUGGAAUGUUCAAAAAGCCCAUCUUCAGAAACUGCUGAUGUCCAUACCCUCUGGUUCCUCCUUGCCACUUCUGGUCUUAUGUGGUUCAUAUGAUAAAGAGGUUUCAGAUCCUUAUGAUACUAUACUUAGAGAAUUGGAUCUCUAUGACAUUGACAAAUCUCGAGUAGGUAGCUUUUUGGUUGUUUUCCUUAUUGGAGAGCAAGAAAGGCAAUGGUUGGAUGGUUUUUUCAGUGAUGUGCGACUAAGGGAAGGACUGCAAUGGCUGGCAAGUGAAUCUCCCCUACAACCUGAUAUUCACUGCAUUAAUAGUCGUGGCCUGAUUCUAACUUACUUGAAUGCAUCAAUGGAUGUCCUGGAGAAGAUGAAUGAUCGAGAAGUUGGUCCAAACCAUUGUAUCUCAACCUUCAAUGAAGCCUUGAAUUGGUCUCUCGGGGAAAUUGCUGCUGCCGCCAGCUCAAACCCCAUCAAUUGGCCUUGUCCUGAGAUUGCUUUGCUGCCAGAAUCCUGCGAUGAGGAUAAGGUUGUGAAGCGGUAUUUGCCAAGCAUAGGAUGGAGCUCAGCGACAAGAAUUGAACCACUAUUAUCUGCAUUCAGGGAGUCUAAGCUUCCUUCUUUUUCUGAAGCUGUAUCCUGGCUUGAUAAAGGUGCCAAUUCAGGUGAUGAGAUUGAGGACCUUAGAUCACAACUUGAGAACUGCUUGAUCGAAUAUCUGACUGAAUCAAGUGGAAUGAUGACAUUUAACCUGGCAAUAAAGGAGGCAUACGUAAUGCUUCAAAAAAGUGUUCGGCUUGAACUCCAUGAGUCGAGCUACUACAUUGCUCCAAAAUGGAUCUCAAUUUUUAGACGGAUCUUUAAUUGGCGGUUAACAAGUUUGUGCAAAGGGACCUUCUCUUCAGCCUAUAUUUUAAUGCAUCAGCAUAUAGAUCCACCUGAACGUAUUCCUGACGAGUCUGAGCUUGGAAAAAUUGUAUCUUCACCUUACUUAACAUGGCCUUCCUUAGAUGAAAUAAUUGUUGGCUGCACCACUCCGCUCAUACCAAUAAGUGGUCGUCCACAGCUGGAAGCUUUUCAACCUUCACCAAGGACAGUCUCAAAUGGCGAUGUUCGAUGGGCUAAUAACACGAAUGAGUUGAUGGAGGAUGAAAGGACGUCAGCACAGAUUGCAUCGGGAAGUGCUAAUGAGAUUGUAUCGGAAAGUGCUAAUCGUGGAAUCAGGGGAUUAGACGCUAGUGGUACUGAGGUUAUGGUUGCUGCCAGAACUACUAAAGAAACUGACAAAUUAAGCAAGUUGUUGGAACAGUGUAACCUACUGCAAAAUUCGAUAGAUGAGAAACUUUUUAUUUAUUUUUAAUAUAGGAGCAAUUUUGUUCUUUGUAUAUACAUCUUCAAGUUGAAAAGACUCCAGAAGAGGAAGUUUGGCUAAAGGUAUAAUGUCUUGUUCGAGAGAGCUCCAUUAUUUGUUCCUAAGAAGCAGAAUCUCUUUCUUUU